AUGUCAUAUGUUACAGGGACGGAUAAGCACCAGAUCAACUUCGACCCGAAGGCCAACGCAGACGAUGUGAAGCUUUGCGCCGGAUCCUUCACUGCCAUUGGCCCCAACGACAAGUAUGUCUCGUGCCCUUACUGUGGGUCCGUCUACCUCCCCUCCUUCAAGGGCAAACUGUGUGACACGUGCCAACUUGCCGAGAUCGGCGCCAACACGCUUGGAAUACUGCUGAGACAAAUCUGA